AUGCUUCAUUUGUGUCGCUCUUUCAUUUCAUCAUCAUCUUCAAUAAUUUCCGAUUGUCGGUAUCGAUUAAUAGCGAGGACAAGCCUUUAUUACAACUUUUCGAAAUAUCUACAAACAAGCCAUUCCUAUUUCUUAAAGCAAUUUAGCAAACAAUGUUUUUUACGUAGUGAGCAUGGUAUUGGCAAGGAUGAUGAUGAUGCUGUAACAAUGACGUCAUUGAACAAAGGAAAUGAUGAUACUAUCGGAACUCAACUGAAUAAUCACCGCUUCCGUAAUGACUUGCGUUCAUUUAGAAAACGACAUCGCCUAUCCAAAGCUCAAAGACUUUAUCUAAAGAAUGAUUUAGAAAAUUGUUUAUUGGAAUACAGAAAGAGACCUAACACUUUAGAUGCACUGUAUUUUAUUCAUAGCCCAACAUUCAGUUUUGAACAAUACUUGGACAUUUACAAACAACCGAUAACACCCUCUGUGAGACAAAGAAUUUUGAUUUUAAUGGAAAUGAUCGAUAUAUGCUCGAAAUUUCAAAAGGAGGAAAACAAAAAAACCUUUAUUCACGAGUUGGUAGAAUUACUGAAAACUCUCAAAGAAGAAGAACUUCGCAAGUAUAUCGCUCCAAAUAGAUGGACUUCUUUUAUUUACUGGUUAGCUCAGGAUAAAAAUUUAGAAAAAGAGGCUAUUUAUUGGUAUAAUUAUAUAGUAGACAAGGGAUUGAGACUACCCAAGAAAGUUACAUUACAUCAAAUGCUGAGAAUAUUUUCAAGUUAUGGAGAAUACGAAAAAUGUAGAAGCAUUAUGAACCACCUCAAUAAUAUGGGUGAUGCUGGAAAUCCUGUGAAUUAUGCGUUGUUAUUGAACUCUCUUUGCAAGUCAAAAAAUCUCACACAAGCCAUGGAAGUUUUGGAGGAAAUGAAACAAUUCAACCUUGUACCGCGAGUUGGUUUAUUGAUUUUUCUUGUUAAAAUUUGUUCAGAAAAGAAAGCCUUGGAAGAAGGAAAGAUAAUUCACAUGUUGACCAAGCAUGAAUAUCCUCAUUGCACCGAGUUGUACAAUAGUAUUGCCUAUUUGUACAUUGCUUGUGGUCACUCAGAAGAGGCGAUUGAAAUUUUCAAACAGAUGAAACAAGAUGGAACUAUGAACUUUGUCACAUGGAAUUGUUGGAUACAGGCAAAAAUUUCACAAAAAGACACUUAUGGAGCCAUUGAUGUUUUGAAUGAAAUGGGAAAGUCCAAUAUUGAGCCAUCGCCGUCAAACUUUUCAACACUAAUAUCAGCUUGUACAAAGCACAAAUUAUUUGAUGAGGGAAAGAAAAUUUAUGAACAAGCGCAGCAGCGCAACGUGUGCAGUGCCGAAUUGACCACAUCCAUCAUGAAUCUUUACAUAAGAUGUGGCCAACCACAAAUUGCCAUAACAAUUUGUAACAAGAUGAAACACGAAAAAGAGGCAAUGGAUGUUGAAACGUGGAAUUUGUUAAUUCGUGCCAAUCUGAGUGUGGACAAUAUUCGUGGAGCAAUUGAUACCGUUCGUGAAAUGAAAUUGAGAGGAUAUGAACCAAAUAGCUACUCUUUCGCUUCCUUGAUAGCUGCAUGCACCUACCACAAAUUACAUGAGGAAGGCAUAUACAUUAUCGAUGUAGUGAACAAGUAUGACCACAUUAAGAACCAAUUGGAAGUCAAAACUGCGAAGGUCCAUUUUUAUUUGCAAUUCCGCUACAAGAAAAGGGUAUUGUUGACCCUUGAAGAGAUGAGGCAACAGAAAAAGUUAGAUACCAAUGCGUACAAUUGUAUGAUACAGGCCUACUCUAUGAUUGAUCGAAGAGAUUUGGCUUGCGAAGUUUUGCACGAGAUGAUUAUUUCUAACAAUGAGGAGACACAUCCAUCACCACCAACCAUUAUUAUGUUACUCCAGAGAUGUGCUCGUUCUAGAGAUAUUGUCAAUGGAGAGAAGGUUGUUGAGAUGAUCAAACAGAACAAGCUCUGUCAAAAAGAAGAGGCCGUCUUAGCUGUCAUGAUUUUCUUCUUUAGCAAAGUUGGUCAUUUUGAUAAGGCCGUUGAGGUUUUCGAGCAGAUUGUGAAAACUCGAGUGCCCAACAUUCGAACAUGGAACAUCCUACUGUUGGGAUAUUUUGCAAAUCAGCAGCCAAGACAAGCCCUCGAUGCUUUCGAUCGAAUGCUUCAAAUGAAUGUUGAUCCACCCGAACAAACAUUAGCCAUCGUAUUGAAAGGUCUCAUUCAUGCUGGACUUGUGGAUGAAAGUCGACAGUUUUACAACCACAUGGUUACUCUGUGGAAAGGAGAAAUGCCACAAACAUUGAAGAAAAUGAUCGAAUCUCUCACGAACGAUGCCAUGGAGGAGAGUAACACCAUGACACACAAUUAA